AUGCAAAAAACUAAAGGAAAAAGAAGUGAAUAUAAUAGACAAACUCAAGAAAUUCCUAAAACUACAACAAAUAAUAUAAAUAUUGAUGAUAUUAAUCGCGUUGAAUAUUUACCAGCUGUUAAUGUUAAUGGUCUUCUUCAAAAAGUUCGAGCAGCUAUUUUUUUAUCAUUAGAUGAAUUGUGGUCUAUUCCAACAGAAUUAGUUUUAAUUGCAACUAUACUUGAUCCGCGAUUCAAAAAUUUUUAUUGGGAUGAUAGUGGUGAAGAAAAAAUUAAGUCUCAUGAAUUGUUACAACAAUUAUAUGAUUCAAAAAAAGCUCUUGAACCUCAACAACAUUUUAAUGUUCAACAGGCAACUAGUA